CCUAGUUUGUUCAAGCAGGGAGAUGUAAUGAUAGGGGGGAUUUUCCCGGUUUUUAACAAAGAGGUAAGUAGCACCCCUACAUUCGAGAGCGAGCCACCUAGAGUAAAGUGUGCAGGAUUUGAUCUGCGUGCUUUCCGCUGGACCCAAGUGAUGAUAUUUGCAAUUGAAGAAAUCAACAAUGAUCCUGCUCUCCUGCCAAACAUAUCUCUUGGCUAUAGGAUCCUUAACUCUUGUGCAUCUCCCACAAAUACUUUACGUGCGGCACUAACACUGGCUAGUGGACCUGAGGAGAUAGAACUCAAUUCUCCUUGUCCUCCAGCUGUAUCUGCCCUAAUAGCAGAAUCAGGAUCAUCUCAGUCUUUAGCAGUGGCUGGAACUCUUGGACCAUUUCAAGUGCCAAUAGUAAGUUACUUCUCAACAUGUGCCUGUCUAAGUGACAGAACUAAAUAUCCAACAUUUUUCCGGACUAUCCCCAGUGACUAUUUCCAGGCAAAAGCUUUGGCAGCACUUGUAGAACAUUUUGGCUGGCAGUGGAUUGGGGCUAUACAGUCAGACAAUGACUACGGGCGAGGUGGGAUUCAGGCUUUUACUAAGGAGGUUAAGAAGCUUGGGGUUUGUAUCGCAUUUGUCGGGACAAUUCUACGUACUUACACUAUGGAUAAAAUUCUGGAUGUUGUGGAAAUGAUCAAGCAGUCAGCUGUCAAAGUCAUUCUUGCGUUCGUUCCAGAGGGUGACUUUUACCCUUUGAUGAAGGAGGUUGUGAAACAGAACAUUACAGGAAUUCAGUGGAUUGCCAGCGAGGCCUGGAUAACAGCAACUCGACCCUCCACACCCGAAAUCUAUCAAGCUUUUGGUGGAGCCCUAGGAUUUGUGGUGCAGAAGAUGGCUAUUCCAAAUCUAAAACAAUUUCUUACAGGCAUUAGCCCUUAUACUGAUCCAAGUGCAGCCUUUGUGAGGGAUUUCUGGGAAAUGAUGGUCGGCUGUCGUCCUCUCUUAACAGGGACAGAGCCAACAAAAGAAAUUUGCACAGGCUAUGAGACAUUAUUGAAUUCCCAGGAUGUGUUCUUCAAUGUCACACAGCUCAGAGUGUCCUAUAAUGUGUAUAAAGCAGUUUAUGCCAUUGCACAUGCCCUACAUCAGCUGGUAUUUUGUCAACCAGUCGGAGAAAACACAGUGAGGCCAUGUUUGAAUAUAUCAGAAAUUCUGCCAAAAGAGGUCACUGAUCACCUACGAAGGGUGAAUUUUAAGAAUCAGUUUGGGGAUAAUGUGUUUUUCGAUGUCAAUGGUGACCCUCCUGCCUCUUAUGAUAUAAUUAACUGGCAACUUAUAGAUGGGCAGGUGCAACAUGUCACAGUGGGUCAUUUUGCCUCUGAUGCUCACUUAAACUAUAAGCUCAGGAUCCAGAAGGAAGAAAUUGUGUGGAGGACAGGAAAAAUGGUCCCGACAUCAAUGUGCUCAGAAAUGUGUCCAGAAGGAACAAGGAAAGCUCAAAAAAAGGGAAAACCCAAUUGCUGUUUUGACUGUAUCCCAUGUGCCGAUGGAACUAUAGCCAACUCAACAGGUGCAGCAGAUUGUACACCCUGUCCACGGGAAUAUUGGUCCAAUGAGGGGAAAGAUGAGUGCAUUCCAAAAACAAUUGAGUUCCUGACAUAUAACGAGCCGAUGGGAAUAGCUAUUACAGUUAUAUCCCUGCUAGGGGCCUCCAUGUCGCUGGCCACGAUGAUGGUCUUUAUCCGCUACAAAGAGACUCCUGUAAUAAAGGCCAGCAACUCUGAGCUGAGCUGUUUCCUGUUGCUUUCUCUUUUUUUGGGUUUUCUCUGCCCCCUCACAUUCAUCGGCAGACCUACAGUCUGGACAUGCAUGCUGCGCCACACAGCUUUUGGUGUGACAUUUGCACUUUGUAUGUCCUGUGUUUUGGGAAAAACUAUUGUUGUUGUUACAGCUUUCAAAGCCACUUUUCCUGGCAACAAAUUUGCAGGAAAGUUUGGUCCUGCACAGCAAAGAAUCAUAGUUUGCUCCUGCACUUUGAUUCAGAUAGUGAUAUGUGUGUUGUGGCUUAAGUUAAAUCCACCUUUCCCAGACAUGGUUUUCAGACAGAGCAAUACGAAGAUUGUUUUAGAAUGUAAUACAGGCUCUGAGGCUGCUUUCUAUGCAGUGCUGGGGUACAUAGGGAUCCUUGCAAUAAUAUGUUUGGUCAUGGCAUUUCUAGCAAGAAAGUUGCCUGAUAACUUCAAUGAAGCCAAAUUAAUCACUUUCAGCAUGCUGAUCUUCUGUGCUGUCUGGAUCGCCUUUAUCCCAGCGUAUGUCAGCUCUCCGGGGAAGUUCACUGUAGCUGUGGAAAUAUUUGCAAUUUUAUCUUCAGCAUUUGGCUUAUUGACUUGCAUUUUUGCACCUAAAUGUUACAUUAUAUUAAUCAAGCCAGAGAGAAAUACCAAGAAACAUGUCAUGGGAAAAACUCUUCCCAAAAAUAUGACUUCCUAA